ACUAACCAUGGACAUAGAAUCGGAAGAGGUGCUAGUACUGUUGCUCGUUGAGGACAUAAUAAAUCUACGUAAUUUGUGUCUUCUGCUUGUGUACGUUUACAUUAAGCUGGUUGUACAACCAAGACAACAUCGUAGAGUUAGACGUCGGCUUACAAGAGAAUCCUAUAGUAUUUCAAACUGUCUUCCCUCUCAAAUUGAGGACACGAAAGUGUUAGUAGAAAUAAGUGACAGAACAUGCAUUGAACAACUUCGCAUGGAUCGAAGCACCUUUGCGCGUUUAUGCUACUUGUUGGAUCAUAUUGGCAGCCUGCGGAACACCAGAGAUAUUCAAAUAAGUGAACAAGUAGCAAUUUUUCUUAGUGUGCUAGCUCACCAUAAAAAAAAUUGUGUUGUCAAAUUUGAUUUUAAACAAUAUGGUCAAACAAUAAGCAAAUUCUUCCACAACGUACUUCAAGUCGUCCUGCGCUUGCACCCCAUCCUUGUUGCCGAAAGUAGCCAUGUAACUGAGCCAUGCACAGAUUGGAGAUGGAGAUGGAGAUGGAGAUGGUUUAAGGUGAGGACAACAUUUUUCUCCAUUAAAAUAAAGGACGUUGGAUGGAACGUAUGUUCCCAUGGGUGUUCCUGUACGACUACACCCACGAUACCGAAACAUAAAAGGUUUUGUUUCCGUGAAUGUGCUUGGGGCUUGCACGCAAGAUAUGAAUUUUUCGUUGUAUUGACCGAUUGGGAAGGUUCAGCGACAGAUACUAGGGUUUUACAAGCUGCCGUUCCCCGAGAAGGGGGUCUUCGUGUACCAAUCAUGAUGGAAUCCACCGGUAGUGGGGGGAUGCAAUUCACAGGCCAACGGACAACGUUGAGUUUGAAAUUUAAACGAGGAAAGUGCAUUAAUUCAAGGUUUGUGCGAUCUAGUUUCGUGGGGCUGGAAAUGCGACAACAGAUUUCGCUCAGGAUACGCGAACAUAUGAGAACAACAUAUGGCCCAGUGUUUUCCAGUAACAUAAGAGCCGAACCACAAAUAUCAUCAAAGAUUACGGUUUGGAAAAAGUAUUAUGGUUUAAUAUUGGGAAUGCUUCGAAGUUCGGGGUUCGAAUGGAGUGAAACGGGAAACAUGAUUGUUGUGAAGGAUGAUGCCGACCGGGCUACGGGAGAGGGGGCACAAGGUUUUACUGACCCGGUUAAUGGAGUGUUACAUGAAACAAACGUCCAUGCACCUAGCCCUAUCCCUACU